GUUUUAGAAUGAUUACUGGUGUCCAGCGGAGGGACAGAUUAUACGGCUCUACACAACUGUUGUUUUAAUCCCCUGGGCGAGGAGAUUUAGCAAAGAAAAAACAGUGGCUUUAAACCCAGCAGCCAUAUUGUAUGGAAAAACGACGGAAAGAUUCCUGUUUUCAGAAAAAGUCGGUUUCUUAUACACUUUUGUCAAGACUUUUGGGGAGUUUAAUUUUCUUUCUAACUGGCGGUGGGGUUGUGUUGGACAGCUAGCUUGCCAGCUGGCUGAGGAGUCCAGAGAUUGUGACUAGUUUCUGAGCCAUUUACACAAUAUUGUGGUUAUCGCCUUGGUGUUAAAAUUGUCAAAUCAACCGUGUGAAAGAUGAAGGACCGAUUGGAGCAACUUAAAGCGACUUGCGAUCAAGAUGACGAUGAGGUGGAAAUUGCUGUGGACAAUGCAGCCUUCAUGGACGAGUUCUUCUCUCAGAUUGAGGACAUCAGAAACAGUAUUGAUAAAAUUGAUGAGAAUGUGGCUGAAGUCAAAAAGCUUUACUCGGUCAUCCUGUCUGCUCCCACUUCAGAACAGAAAACACAGGAUGACUUGGAGGCAAUCACCAAUGAAAUAAAGAAGAUGGCCAACAAUGCAAGAAACAAACUCAAGACCAUCGAGAGGAAUCUGGAGUCUGAGGAGCAGGAGAGGGUGUCAGCUGACAUGCGGAUACGCAAAUCACAGUAUGCAGUGCUGUCUAGGAAGUUCGUGGAGGUCAUGACAAAGUAUAAUGAAGCUCAGGUGGACUUCAGGGAGAGGAGUAAAGGACGUAUUCAGAGACAGCUAGAGAUCACCGGAAAAGCAACAACAGAUGAAGAACUGGAGGAAAUGUUGGAGAGUGGCAAUGCUGCUGUGUUCACUGCAGGGAUUGUGGACUCUGGGAUCUCCAAACAAGCCCUGAGUGAGAUUGAAUCCAGACACAAAGACAUUGUUCGUCUGGAAAGUAGCAUCAAGGAGCUGCACGAUAUGUUUGUAGACAUCGCCAUGCUGGUGGAGAGCCAGGGUGACAUUGUAAACAACAUAGAGCAGAAUGUAUCUAAAUCCAUGGACCACAUAAUAGCAGCAAAGGAACAGACCAAAAAAGCUGUAAGGUAUCAGACCAAAGCACGCAAGAAAAUGGUGAUAUUAGUGGUGGUUGUGGUGGUCUUGCUGGCCUUACUAGCUCUCAUUAUCGGGUUGUCAGUGGGACUGAAGCAAAGCUGAUGAUCUAUCUGAGUAAGAGGAGAGCUAAGGAAGAUGAUAAUUAUUGGUGCAGCCUGUGCUGUGGCUGUUUUCAUCCUCCUCAUCGUCAUCCUCACACUGUAGCAGGAACUCUGAGCUGCUAUCAUCAUCGGUUUAUUCGUCAUCCACUCCUUCCUACCCUCCAUCAGCUGGCCCACCAAAGAAAAGAUUGAUACCGGUCCCUUCAGAUGGAUAUAAUAAUAUUUCUCCCACAGAUGUACAAGUCAUCAACUUUAAACUGUACCAAGAGUCUUUUUAACUAGUAGAGGAAGGCUUGGUGUUACAUUUGAGGGCUGGAAACAAAGGGGACCUACAAGAUUUGUGAGCCUUAAAACACUGUUUGUGACUUUUGAAUUGCUUUUACCAAUGCCAUCUGAAGCAUCCUUCCUGGUUUGUGAGGGGUUGUUUGACUCCCUCAGGCAGCUUGGACAGUUUGAGGAUGCUCUGCUGUAAGUGAGGAAAUGAGACAAAGCUGACAUGAAGUACAAUAACUGUUGUAUCUGCGGAGGCGAAAAGGGAAUUGAAAAAUAACUGAUCAUAAUUUCACUUGUGUUACUUAACAUUUCCUUGUUCAACAUUCAGUGCCAAAGAAUCAGCCUGAAAGUGUUUAUUUUACUGUCGAGCAAGUCAAACUGUUCUGAAGCCUUAUAGAAGCACAUCACCUCCCUUACCUUUAUUUCUUGCCUUUAUGAGCCUUGACACAUUUUGUGAUUGCAAAGCUAGCUACUGUAUGUUCACUGUAAUGGGAUUUUCUUGGUUUGAAGGAGUUUCAGCACUUUCACAUUUAAAAAAAAAAACUAAAAAGUCUAAUUUCUGUAAUCAGCUCAGAUGAUCAGGUGAAUAACAGAAUUAUUAUACUUUGUGUUAUCAGUAUCUAACCCUGAAUAUGACUCAGCUGUGUAACUUGAAGAGGGUCGGUGUGCCCACUUGAGGUUCUUCAGUUUAGAGAGCACAGUGGUUCUGAUUUUAAAUGUGUGAAGGAUGGUGCUCAUCAAAACACAUUUCAUGGACAGGCAGAGCUCAGAUAAGCAAACAAGCAAAAAAAAAACAACUAAAGCCUCAGGGAUGAACACGCAUUCCUUGCUUGAAGAUUUAUCUGAACACUGCAACACUAUUACAUAUAUAGACACGAUCAUCAUUCCUGUCAAAAUGCUGUCAACACACAGCGUUUAGAGCCACAUGAUAUAAAGAGAGGCUGGUAAUAACACUAGUGACUUAGCGUGUUUCCCAAAAGAGUCAGAAUAUUUUUGUAUUUAUGAUACCUUUUGAUGAAGUGUUGUUAAUAAAGUCACACAUACAGGAUAUGGUCUCAGUGGCGGGUGGCUCUCUAAACAGAGGCAUUUCCUGCCAUAUAUUGGCUCUCAUAAUAUUUCUACUGUGAACACACAACUCAGUUGCCAAUUUAUUAGGUACAGCUAUCUGAAACUAAUACAGCCCUGUAAUAAAUCCCAUGUUUAUGAAGGUGGUAAUCUCCAGGUUUUUUUUGGUAAAAGAGCUUUAGAGAUAUGUUGGUUAAACUUAAUGGACAUUUUGGAGGCUGUAGUUUUCUAGAAUGGAUAACUUUUAACUGGCAACUAAGUUUAAUUCUUGUUGGUAGAAAGAAUGUGUCAAACCUACAAUUUAUUGAACCAAAGUGCACAUACUGUCACCCUGUGGCUGUAAUAGGGUCAUUAAGGCGGGUGAUUCUAGCUUUAUUUACAAGGACUGUAUUAGAGAUAAUAUUUACACCAGUCAUCUGAGAGAAGAGGAAAGACGAUGAAUAUUAAUCAGUGGCUAUUGACAACAUUUGGGGGUUUGUAGUGCAACAACAUACUUUGUAAAAUGUCCAGUGCAUAAUGAGAGACACUAUUGUCUUUGUUUCUGUUCGACCAGAGCCUGAAUGGUGCAUUUAAUUCUGGUUGUGCUGGAAGCACUUGAAAGUGAGAGGCCCCCAGCUUGAUCACUAGACCAAUUCAAUCUGCUCCUUUGGCUUCUGUCCACUAAUGUUCAAUCCUGAUGCUUCUAUUCAAGCCUUGUUCUUCUGCAAUAAGAGAGGGAGGAGAAAACUGAAACUGUUGUAAACUUUUAACUUAAGUGCCAAUGAUUUUAAUGGAGAUUAAAGAUUUUAUGUUUUUUAAAGGCUGGUUUAAGAGUGCUUUAUUGCAGUCCCGUGCUUGCCUGCCUUGUUUCCCUUUGUGCCUGACAUAAGGUAAAUAUGUAACUGAAUUUUUAACCUUUUUUGUGAGUGUAUGUUAUGGAGGAUCUUUGUAAAAAAUGUUUUUAUUGGAUGCUGUUGUCAGCACAUUGCUGAUACAGCAUGUUAACCAGUGUGUUGCAAAGUACAGAUUUUUAAAGGCUGGUGCACAAGUGUAAAGGAAGGGGUAAGUUUUUCUUUUGACCUUUCCUCUCUCCACACAUACAUACACACACACACACACACACCCUAACCUCUCUGAUCCUCUGUUCUCCUUUUGCGCUGUUAUUUCCUCAAACUGGUGUGUUUGUGAAAGUGAAUAGUAAUUGUAUUGUUUUUGGCAGUUUUCUGUUGAGACUCAUGAAUCAAAGCCCAAUUCCUGUGAUUGUUGUUGUCUUACUGUUUGUUCUGGAUGAAAUCCACAGAAAAAGAUGAUGAUUACAUUGUGCUGUGCCAUCAUUGGGAUCGUUGGGUUCUCUUAUCUCUACAGCUUCUUCUCAUAAAAGGUUUUACACAGGUAAAACAACUGCAUCAGUCUUCAACAUCAUGAAUUCGCUACUUGCGCAGUAAAUGUUGAAAUAACGUCCUCUUUUUUGUCUUUGUGUUGUAUUUCUAGGCAAGCGACUUUCUCCAAGUAAAAGAAAAUUUCCUGAGCUGUCCCACUAUUUUUCCCAUGACCAUUAUUUGAAUGAGUUUUAAAAACUAAUAAACUAUAUUAAAAAAAUUUACCAUAUCUGCCCUGUGCACUUACCCUGCUGUUAAUCAUUUGAAUUUAAAUUAUUUUCUUGCUGUAUGAAGUGUUUGAAAACGUGUUAUAAAUGUGUAGAUUUUUUUCAGUCUACCUGUUCACAGUGAAGUGGCUCAACAAUGACUUUUAAUCAUUUUGGACCACUCUAUAGUCUACUGCCUCCUGGUGGUACAUAGAGGGGACAAUCAUAUGUAGAGUAAUUUUAAGUAUCAGGAAACUAUUUAUAAGGAUUAAUUUAAACUUAGUAAAUAUGCAUGAAGUUGUUUUUUGUGCUGUCUAGUCCCCAAAAGUCCAUUUGUGCACAUGCAAAUAAUUAUGACCUGGUCAUUAAUAAGUAGUAUUUUCUGACUUCUUUGUUGUCAUAAUUUUAAUAAAUUGUGUGUGAUUUUGUUGUGUCUGAUCUGUAUGCGUCCGUUUUGCUGAAAUGCUUGUGAUGAAGGUCUUUGCUGUAACAGCGGUUGUUACUGCUCACUGGCUGUGUGUCAACCCAGUAAAGCCUGUUAUGUAAUAAAAGAUUUUCUGUGCGUUGUA